AUGGUGGAUCCUGAUACAGGCAUUAAAACGAAUUUAUUGAGAAUGAAGAGUGCUGGUGUUGUUGGUGUUUACCAUCCUUUGAUUGAUGAAAAGCUAGUUACAAUUCUCCACAGAAGGAACAAAAAGGCAUAUGCCUGGACGGUUGAUGAUGUGGAUUCUAUGCAGAAGAUGUUGUUUGAGCAUGUUGAUGCUGUUGUUACAAAUAACCCCAAUCUUCUUCAACAGCUUAUGCAAGAUAUUAGAACUGAAUGUCGUGAGGAAGCCGCACAGUACGCCGCACUCCAGAAAAUCAAACACGACGUGGCCUCAUCCCACAACCUAACAACCUUGCGUGUCCAUGAUAUUGUCGCAGCAGAUCACAAACUGAACGAACACCAUUCUUUCAAGUUUCAACUACCUUUCUUCUCCUCCCCAGAAUCUCUAUGUCUUGAAGAGUAA